GCUUUCUACACUGUUCUUAUCUCAAGCACCAUCUUGCCAUUACUGCUACUCGAAAUUAUCCAGAUUACGUCAAACAUGUCUGGAAACCUCGUCCCCCUCACUGUCAUCAAAGGCGCAGGCCAUGAGUUUAUUCCCUUGCCAAAAGGCGAUAAUGCGACUGUUGCCGACUUUCAUACCAUCCGCACACAGACCCCUUGCUCACCCGCACACCUGACAUCUGGCUUCUACAAGAUCGAAGCCGGGCCCUCGAAACCUGCCUCUUAUGAUUUCGAAGAAACAAAAUAUGUCCUAAGUGGCCAGAUCGACGUCUUGGAUGAAGCAACUGGCAUCACUCACCACUUGGUCGCCGGCGACUUCGCAUUCUUCCAUGUAGGAUCGAAGGUGCAGUUUUCGACGAAGAGUGCUGGGAUGGCGUUUUAUGCUGUUACGAGGCCGGUGAGGGUCGCGCAUCCGGGGUUAGUGGGCAGGGAGGAGAAGAUGUCGAAGUUGUAAAAGGCCGCUGAAGACAGGAUUGUGGAAUUGAGGAGGGAAGUAAAAGAAGAGAGGGGGAAAAUUCCAGGUUGUGGUGUUUUGGAAGGUAG